UGGGCUCCCGGGCCAAGGUGCGAGCUGACCCGCGCCGCGCUCGGGCGCCGAGCCGGGGCACGCGGCGCGGAGCGGAGCAGCCAGGCCCAGCCAGCCCAGCGCGGGCAGACACGAGCCGGCGGGCGGCGGUGGCGGCUGCAGCGGCGGCUCCCAGCCCGGCCGGUGCUGGGCCUCCGACCGAGCCGCGGCCGAGCGACGCCUCGGCCCGGGCGCUGGGGGAUCCCGCGGCGGCGAGCAGCAGGAGGAAGCGGCGGCGGCGGGUCCCGAGCGGUGCGCGCCAUGUCGGGCGGGCCCCCCAAGGCCCUGCCGUCCACGGGGCCCCACUCCCUGCGCGACAUGCCGCACCCGCUGGCCGGCUCCAGCAGCGAGGAGGCCGUGGGCGGCGACAGCACGCCCAGCCCGGACCUGCUGAUGGCCCGCAGCUUCGGCGACAAGGAUCUCAUUUUGCCCAACGGCGGGACUCCAGCAGGCACCUCGAGUCCAGCUUCUUCAUCUUCCCUUCUCAACAGACUCCAGCUUGAUGAUGACAUUGAUGGUGAGACCAGAGACCUCUUUGUCACGGUUGAUGAUCCCAAGAAGCACGUGUGUACAAUGGAGACCUACAUCACGUACAGGAUCACCACCAAAAGCACUCGGGUGGAGUUUGACCUGCCAGAAUAUUCUGUUCGUCGAAGAUACCAGGAUUUCGACUGGUUGAGGAACAAACUGGAAGAAUCCCAGCCCACUCAUCUCAUUCCCCCACUUCCUGAGAAGUUUGUAGUGAAAGGUGUUGUGGAUCGUUUUUCAGAGGAGUUUGUGGAGACCAGAAGAAAGGCUCUGGAUAAAUUCCUGAAAAGAAUUACGGAUCAUCCUGUGCUCUCCUUCAAUGAACACUUUCACGUUUUCCUCACUGCUAAGGACCUGAACGCCUAUAAGAAGCAAGGGAUGGCGCUGCUGACUCGAGUGGGCGAGUCGGUCAAGCACGUCACCGGCGGCUACAAGCUGAGGAGUCGGCCCCUCGAGUUCGCAGCCGUAGGCGAGUACUUAGACACGUUUGCACUCAAGCUGGGGACGAUUGAUCGAAUAGCCCAGCGGAUCAUCAAGGAAGAAAUAGAGUACCUCGUGGAGCUGAGAGAAUACGGGCCGGUGUACUCCACGUGGAGCGCGUUGGAGGGGGAGCUGGCCGAACCCCUGGAGGGCGUGUCAGCUUGCAUCGGCAACUGCUCUGCGGCCUUGGAAGAGCUGACGGAUGACAUGACAGAAGACUUUCUACCUGUGCUCAGGGAAUAUAUUUUAUACUCUGACUCCAUGAAGAGUGUGCUGAAGAAGCGGGACCAAGUGCAAGCAGAGUACGAAGCCAAACUGGAAGCCGUGGCCGUGAGGAAGGAAGAACGGCCCAAGGUACCAGCAGAUGUUGAGAAGUGUCAGGAUCGGAUGGAGUGUUUCAACGCUGACCUGAAAGCCGACAUGGAGAGGUGGCAGAACAACAAGAGGCAGGACUUCCGGCAGCUGCUCAUGGGAAUGGCCGACAAGAACAUCCACUAUUACGAGAAGUGCCUCAUGGCGUGGGAGUCGAUUAUCCCGCUGCUGCAGGAGAGGCAAGAGGCCAAGUAAGUUGCUUCCUGGGACAGAGACUCUUCCACCUGCGCGGGGCCUGGCACCCACCCCGGGAUGUCCCUGCGGUGCCAGGGAGGCGGCACCGAGAGGACCACCGCAGAACCAUCUCUCCUCCAUGUACUUCUGUCCCUUCCCCUUGCCUCCGUCCGACCGUUGUUUUCAGUUCGUAUUUAUUCCUUGGUGGCGUCUGUCAGGCGUACUCAUCUCUCAGCGGAAGAAGCAUACCUCCACGUUGUGAAGGGGCCUGUUCAGGGGGACCCUGCGAAGAUUUGAAACUGCGGGACCAGACAGCCCUCGGCGGACAGUCUGACAUCUCGUUACAGUGCCCUGUUUGGGGAAGAGAACCCGGGUCCUGCUUUGCAAGGGCGCGAGGAAGGCAUGAAUGGAAGGCAGCCCUGGCUUUCUGUGGAUACACAGUCGACCCAGAAUUGACCUCCGUGGGCCUGGCUUGUCAUCCUACAAGGGAGGUGUCGGCACCUCAGCGGCAAGUCCUUAAUGAACUGGCCUGCUGCCUGCCUGUGAUGAGUGACACCUGGGUUAUGGUUUCCGGUUCAUGCAGGACCACUGAGAUCAGUGUCUCGAUGCAUCUGCACCAGAGCGAGCGAGCCUGCAUCCCUGUCCUUGUGCGAUGCCUUGGGAGACUGAGGGGGCAGUGCUCCCCGAACUUGUUUGACACUAAAAUGCAGAUUGAAAACUGUUUUGUGUAAAAUGAAGAAAAGGUGCAUUUUUCUCUGUGACGUUCUUCAGUGUUCUUCUUUUGCUCGUUACAUGUCAUCAGGGUAGAGAUUAGGCCCGUUAGGGAAUAUCCGUCGUCUUGAAGUUGGAGCCGCUCCCCGGUGGUUGAGCCCAGCGGGCAUGUCCCAAGCCCCGCCUCCCAUGUCUGCUUUGUGCAGUUUGCCUUUACCUCACUGAAAAUUCCUAGUUUAAUGUUUCCUGCUGUGUCCCCUGAAUGUUUGGGCAAACUUUCAGCAAGAGGCUGGCGGGUUGUUAUGAUACAGUCAGGAUUUGUUACACUCAGUGUGGGUGCUCUGCAUGAAGUGCUUUAACCUUAGUAUUUCCUGGUCAGGAAGAAAAGUCUGUAUCCGGAUGGGCCUCAAAGAUGAUGUGUAUGAUUGAACUCUUUGCUUCUAGUUGAGCUCAAACCUCCUCAAUUUGCAGCUCAGUUCCUGGGGACUGCUGGCUGCAACGAGAGUCUUCAUUUCAAACUAUCACCAGGUUUACUUUUCAAGUGUGUCAGCACAAAACAGACAAAAAGGAUCUCUCUUCCAACUCGUUUUUUUUUUUCCCCUCUUGAAGUGAAGCUACCUGCGUCAUGUUUGUGUUCUUUCAUCUGUGGCUCAUCUGUGUCAAAUUAUAAAUCUGAGCCUCAAGCAGCAGGAGUAGUGGUAUUAUUUUAAUGAAACCCUGUGCUGAGACACCGCUGCACGUGCAAGUUAACCUGCACUUACUGGUCACCGUGCAGCCUGCUGAAAUCACUUCAUUCCGCAUCUAGCUGCAGAGUUGGUCCCGGGUCAGCCACAGCCGUGAUGCUGGCGGGGCAGCAGUUGGACAACACAGAACAGUUUGGUUCUGUUCUUAUCAUGUUUGAAAAAGUCGUGGUUUUAAAUGAUAAUUUUUAUAUCAAUUGGUACUUACAUGCGCUGUUAGACCCCAUUCAUGCCAUUCUAAAAUCCUUUGAUGUGAAGUUUUUGUUUGGUACAAUUAGAAAUGAUUCAUUGAAGCAGAAGGGUCAGAACAGUCCAUCGACCCCGAGCGGUGAUUCAGUGUUUCAUUCUACCUCUAAGCCAUCACGUUGGCGUGGGUGUGGAUGGCCAGGUCCAACCUGACAUGUGGUAGAAUCAGGGCAUGUACCUAAUAGUAAGUUAAGGACCUUCUAUUGAUAUUUGGCAGAAGACAGUAAACUGACCCAGAGCCAAAUGCUCAUCUUUGGGAGUGUGAGGUCUUGCCUGGUGGAAUGUAUGCUUUAAAAAUAUUGUCCAGUGUAACGAAUGCUUGGAAAGACCUGUGGAAGAAGUUACAGGAAGACUAGGCUCUAGUCCGCUGCAGUUGCCAAAGCGCAGGGACAUGCCUGUGGAAGGGUUAGUUGCACAAGAAGGCAGCCCCUCAAAAGAAAAAAAAAAACAAAACCCAUCAGGUUCCUCAUUGGGACAUUUGGGGAAGAGAGCAGGGUACACAGUCAUUCCCUUACAUUAUUGGAGGCAGAAGACUGGUUUUGAAGGGAUUCUGGCAUCUUGGGCUUUUGUCUUUAUUUGUUUGGUCCCCACGUGAUGUCCCUUUGCUUUAAGACCCCAGAGAGAGCUGGAAUAAGGCAGGCCAACCUCCAGCAUGCCAUUGAUAGCAGAGCUUGGGAAACCAGGGUAUGUUGCAGCCUUUCUUAGAGAAAUGGUCUUUCCAGGAAAGGGAUCCUUGUCCCUCACUUCGGCCGGGCAUCUGAUGAGGUGAGGAGGCUGGCCCAGAAGGCAAGGGGUAGGAGGCAGUGGAGGAGGCCCUCCCGCCCUUCCUACUCCCACAGCUCCCUCGGGCCCCAAGCAUUCCCCUCCUCACCUCCAUCAGCAUGAAGGCUAUUCCUUUUGAGACGUGUAACCUGGAGAUUUCUGUGCCAAAGACAGCCUCGUGGAGGCUUCGUCGCCCUAUCCUCCUUGGCUCCACAAAGUCGUGGUGCUGAGAUCACCAACCCCCCUCUUGUAUUUAUUUUCCAGGAGAUUUUGGCUUGAGGAUGCGCUGCCUUGCACGUGGACAGGUUUUCAGGCUUGAGCACAUGGCAGUGGAGUGGAAAGUCAUCCCUGUCAACUGUCCCUAGGGCCAGGGAUGCAAAAGUAUCCACUCACCUGGGUUAAAAAUCCAGGCUAAGGUGGAAGAGAGAAUUCCUAGAAACAAAGCAGAUUUUAGAGAUUCAGGUGAUUGUCGAAGAGAGCAGUCGUGAUUUGUAGCAGAUACGGACAGUGUUUGUCCUUAUCACAUGCUGGAUCUACAGGGAAGACUCCAGGCCACUCUGCUCAAAGCAAGGAACUGCUGCUCCUGCUGGAGGAGAGAACGGAUUACACAGCCAGGUUCGGGAUUGGGUUUUAUCCUUCAUUAAGAUUUGAUGAUUCCUGGUGACCUCAGAUAAGUGCGAUUAUGGAUGUGAUUGGCUCGUAUUUCACUGUGCUGCUCAUGGAACCCACCACAACCCUUUCUUUAGCUGAAAUAACAAAAACCAGCACAACUCUGGGGAUCGUGGUGAAUGUACGCUAAGUUUGUCUUCACGCCAAAUUUCAGCCACACCCGGAGUGUGUUCUACAGUGUUGUUGAAUGUGUUUUCUCAGUGGCCGUCCACACGAGGGAAUCAAACGCAUACCUGCUGCUCAUUUCUUGUGAGGCUACCUUUUGUGAUGGGACGACAGGAAGUUCUGUUGAGAGAAGGGCACGAUGCUGUGUGGUGGUCUGCACGUGGACCUUCGCUCUCGGGACAGUAUCAGCCCAAGAAACACCCAGAGUUUGUGUGACGUGGCCCUGUCAUCAAUAGCAUUGACAUCAUGGGCACCUGGCUUUGUCUGGACGCCAUUCACUGGACUGCACAAUGGUCAUUCUCUGCACUCUGUCCUGAGCUGGCAAGAGGAGGGAGAGGGGAGUCCAGAGCAGCCUCUCUUCUGAGUAGAAAAGGCUGUUUUGGGCAGCCAGAGUAGAGCCCAGUUCUGACUCAUCCUAAGACCCAAACAGGUGAGGCCAACACAGGUCUACCUGUGGUCAGGGCAGGGCACGUGGAUCUUGGACUCUGCCUUCCCAGACGCCAACAUUCAAGGUCUGUGGAAACUGGAUAAUCUCAUAAGGCUGGAGUCACACUGCCUUGGCCAUCCCUAUCUACAGAAUUAUGUUGGGUGUUUGGGUCCCCCUUCUCACUUUCAAAAGUCCUCUAGGUGGCGCCAGCUUGGACACUCACUUCCUGUGUUUUCUCUGUUCAGAAGGCAAGUAAACUUGAGGGAGAUGUCAGCCCUCGGGGCAGACCUACAGCUUGGGCUGCGUGUGUUGGAGUUGUUCACCUCUCCCUCGUGGUUUUUUUUUAAUUCAGUGAAUAAACCGGAAAGCUGAUUUUUCAUCAACCCACCCAAUAGGUGGUUAGCUUUCUGUGUUAAGGGUAUCUGGUCUCCUCAUAGUUGCACCGAUCAGAGUGUGUGUGCAGGGCUGUCUGCAUGGGGAAAGGGUGGGGGUGUUAGGUGGGCCGUGACUGUUCUUUCUUAAUCAUACAUGUUUGAAAUACUCUCUGGGUAUGAGUGUCUAACCCUUUCUGUGUGGCAAAAAAAAAAAGUUAUCCAGGUAGUUUUUACUACUACAGAUAGCCUGUAAAUAAGUGCUUUGAAAAAAUAACUUUAACAAACCGAUAAGCUAUUUGUCUCAUUUAUAAUCAUUCUGUGUACCUAGCACUUGAAACUCAACAAAUCUGGACUUUUAGAAAUGCCACAGACUGUUAAAAAAAAAAAAAACCUAACUACUUUUUGAGAACUUGUCAACACCUACUAAUAUGCCUUAUUCU